UAAGCGAAAUUCAACCUUCAGUUGAUGACUCGGUAGUCAGUCGACACAAACGACACAAAAUCUGAUUUUUCUCCCUCAGUGCUCAGCUUUCUCAGUCGUUUUUACUCGAGAAUGGUCUCUGCACAUGCCAACAAUGAAGGCUCGCAGGAGUCAGCGCCCAUCACACCUGGAGGAACGUACACCAUCCAAACUGUCUCUGUUGGGUGCAAAAUCUACAUCCGCCGUGCAACGCCAGAAGGGGAGGAAGAGCGGCUAGCAGAAAUACUAUCAAUUCGUGAUAAACCCGUGAACUCGUACACUUCCGCAUCAGCACGACGCACAAAGACUCGAGGUGGUGUGAAAGAGGAAGAAGAAGAUGUACUCGACAAACCAGAGGACAAAUGGGAAUAUUUCGUCCACUGGGAUCAAUUUAACAAGCGUUUGGAUGAGUGGGUGACGGGUUCCCGCCUCGUCUUAAGCAGGGACCUCGAAUGGCCCCGUCCAAAGCCGCCACCGGGCAAGAAAGCUGGGCCUGGCUCGCUGCAGAAAGCUCCGGGAAAAGCCCCUCGUUCCCAGUCGCUAUUGAAGAAAGCGACAUCAAAUGCAGCUGCGGCUGCUUCGCCCACAUCUGCUUCGACCCCUGGCCGCUCUGCUUUUCCUUCGCCGUCACCUGCCCCAUCAUUGAAGCGGAAAUUAAACGAUGAAGAGGAGGAGGAGGAAGAGGAAGAAGAAAUCGAAGGGGAUGAUGUGGACGCCGAAGGCGAGAUGGAUGUUGAUGGCGAAGGGGACACCUUCGAACUUAACGUCACUGGUGCACACGCAGAGACACCCCCUCCCGUCUCUUCAUUCAGCAAAGAGCAAGAAAUCGAGAAACUACGGACGUCCGGUUCAAUGACCCAGUCAAUAUCAGAAAUCGCACGGGUGAAGAAUCUAAACCGUUUGCAGAUCGGCAAGCACGAGGUCGAAGCAUGGUACUUCAGUCCAUAUCCAAAGGAAUAUGCGCAUCUGCCCGUGUUGUACCUCUGCGAGUUCUGUCUGUCGUAUUUUCCGUCGCCCAUGAUGCUUUCGCGCCACCGACAACGUUGUACGCUAUUCCAUCCGCCUGGCAAUGAGAUCUACCGCCACCAAGACAUUUCGUGUUUCGAACUUGAUGGGAAGCGGCAAUUAACCUGGUGUCGGAACCUCAGCCUACUGUCCAAAUGUUUUCUUGAUCACAAGACGUUGUACUAUGACGUGACGCCGUUCAUGUAUUAUGUGAUGUGUCAACGAGAUUCAACAGGUUGCCAUAUUAUCGGCUACUUCUCGAAAGAGAAGGAAUCGGCGGAGAAUUACAACGUCGCAUGUAUUUUGACGCUACCGCAGCAUCAGCGCCACGGAUUCGGCAAGCUGCUCAUCGAAUUUUCGUACGAGUUGAGUAAGAAGGAGGGGAAACUUGGCAGCCCUGAAAAGCCCCUGAGCGAUCUCGGCCUACUCGGCUAUCGUGCAUAUUGGGCGGAGGUCAUCGUAGAAUUGCUCAUCAAUACCACGGACGAGCUGAGCAUUGACGAUAUCGCGCAGAAGACGUCUAUCACCCAUGCGGAUAUAAUGAAUACGUGCACAACGUUGCAGCUAUUCAAACACUACAAGGGACAACAUAUCAUCUGUCUCUCGGAAGCCGUUUUAGAGAAACAUGAGAAAGUCCGAAACAAACGCAGACGUCGGAUUUAUUCUGAACAUCUGAUCUGGAAGCCACCGGUCUUCACCAGAGAUCAGCUACGGUUUUACUGAUCACCUCACUUCACAUCUUAGCCAGUUUUUUGAUUGCGUGUUUUUCAUGAUUGAUACCACUGUAUCUGUAGAGUAAAAAGGGACGUUGAUGCAUCAUGUCAUCGUACACGGUGCAAAAGAUGUAGUUCUAUAGCGGUAAUUUCAAAAAGGCUGAGUUAAUCAUUACUGUUUCCCUGGGCGCCCCGUCGUCGCAGGAUGACGUUCUCGUCCUGUCCACCACGUGGGUCCUCUAUUGUCAUCACUCCGCCUUCUCCAAACAGCUUCUCCUGGGGCAGA